CACCCACGGAACGCUGUGAGGAGCACGGCUACGACAGCACAGGCCAGCCUUCCCACACCGGGGAAAUGCAGAGGACAUUUGGCAGAGUGAAGACUUGGCCACCAACAGCCAUCCUGUGGGCACGCCAACAGGCUCAGCAAGAGGAGGUCGUCGAUGUGAGUUAUUUCCAGAAACUUCAGGCAGAAUUCAGGCUUCGUGGGCAAGAAGAGAUCCCUGACGUGAGUUUCCUACCAGGCAGUCAGGCGUCAGGAGGCUCUCCAACCAACGCCCCCGAAUCGCUGUCAGUGUCGGUGGACGUUCCUUUGGGUGACACUGAAAAAGAAGGAGCUGCUGAAGACAAUCCUGCUCUAUCCAGUUUAAAUGAUGAGACACAAAGAAGUGAUAUCAGCCCACCUGACAGUGACCAUCAAAAUGACCACAUGAUUGAUGCAGAGCCUGACCAAUCCAUACUGGAGACACUAAGACUUGAAACUACUGAAGGCAUAGCUGAUGGGCACAGUGAUGAGAGGCUAGAAAUGAACAUCACAACUGAGACUAUAGAAGACCCUGACCAAUCCAGACUUAACAUGUUGAGACUUGAAACCACUGAAGAUAUGGCUGACAGCAACUGUGAAGGGAGGCGAGAAAUGGGCAUCGCGACUCAGAAUCCUCAAGAUCCUGAUCAAUCCAUGCCGAGUGUGUCGAGAUGUGAGACCGCUGUGGUAGGUAUGACUGACCGUAACAAUGGCACGAAACUGGGAAUGGACGUGGCAACUCUGAAGACAGAGGACGAGUUACCAGAGCCGUCAGCUGCGCGGAAAAAGUCCAGAACCGGAACAAACCAAUCGAAGCGACGGCCGAGGGAAUCUGACAAGAGCACAACAGUAGCAUCUCCUCCUCCAAAGUCCUGUUCCCCCAGCGACGAGAGUCUCCUCCAGCACAACGACUACGUCUUCAUUGACCUCCUGCACGAGGUGGUGGAGAACCAAGGACGCUGGACCAGAGAGAGAUGGAAGCAGACUCACAUAAACAGACGAAAGUUUCAAUUGAAACAAUAGCUUAAUUAUCAAUUGAUGACACUGUUAAUCACUUCACAUGUGUAUGUAACCUAUUAUGUCAGUAUAUACUAUAUAAUGGUGAAUGGUUCAUGAUAAGUUUACCACUGUAUCUGUGUGCCCUAUAUAAAUACGGAUACUCACUGUGUCCUUUAGUGAUCAGACUUUAAGAUAAAUCAUGGUUCUUCUCACACUUCUCUUGUGUCAGAAUUCAGGAAAUCUGUUUACAAACACUGGCACAUUGUUGAUUCGGACCCUAUACUGAUGAGAGUUUUUCCAGAAAAACCCGAGCUUGUCUUCCAGCGUGCCCCUAACCUAAGAGACCGCCUGGUGAAAAGCGGUACACGUCCGCAACUCACAUCUUUUCUUACUAUGCCGGAUGGUAACUAUAAAUGUGGUAGUUGCGCCCAGUGUUCUUAUACGCACAAGUGCAAAAGUUUUAAUCACCCACACACACACACUGGUAAAAUCAUUUCUAUCCGCGGAGCCAUCACAUGCAGCACCACACAUGUUGUUUAAAUCUAAUUCGCUGCCCUUGUGGCCUAGCAUGUGGGUAAAACAGCACGAGCACUUCGAACCAGGAUGAGCGAGCACAGGAGCACCAUCAGAACUGGGGAUGAGCGCAGUCCUGUAUCCGCUCAUUUUAAAUUAGCUGGACAUAAUGUCAGCGCCCUUAGAUACAUCGGGGUGGAGCAAUUCAGAAAAACACCUAGAGGGGGUGAUCAAGACAAAAUGCUUCUUCAACGGGAAACCUUCUGGAUUCAUUUCCUUAACACAAUGUCUUCUUCCAAUGGUCUCAAUGAGGAAUUUGAUAUUAAACCAUUCCUGUAUGUAGGCUACUGUGUGAUGUAAUGUUUUUUUCUUUUUUCCUAAUCUGUUUGGGGCUCUUUUUGGACAUUUGGGACAGUCCAUGUAUUUUCUACCAUUUGUUUCUUCUUUGUUUUUUCAUUUUAUUCUUUAUUAUUAUGUAAUUAAUUAUACCUUUAUGCAAUGCUAUUUACCCCUCAAGGCUGUAAGCCCUUUUUGACAAAUCUGUUUAAACUGGAAACUUGUAACUCUGAUUGAGUGAUUAGUGGGGCUACCAGGCCUAGUGAAACAGGGAGGUAACAUUGUGGGUCAGGUGACUGUUGGACCUUUAUAUGACCCUUUCACAAAUGUGUUCACCAUUUGCCUGAUGAAGGCCCAGUAGGGUCGAAACGUUGCACUUAUUUCAAUAUUAAA